AUGCUGAAAGAGGACGCAAUUUAUCGUAUUCGCUUUGCCAUGCCUCAAAGUGUUGGUGUCAUCCAAGAGGAGGAUGAAAACAGCGAGACUCGACAAGAGGAGGAAGCGACAGUUGCGAGGGCAUUCCUGGAAAGUGCCCAAUUUCUUGAAAGACCAGUAUUUGUAGACGAAGACUCAAACAGUGGCUUUAGUGAACACAUGUUAUAA